AUGGACCUCUAUCCGGUGCCCGAUAUUGGGCAUGUUUCGUUUUCCGGUUUAAGCGAACCUUGUUCUAUUGGUUCGAUUGUUGAAGUAGUGAUAAAUGCACAUGGUGAUUCUUCCGCAGGCUCCAUUCUUGUUGAGGCAAUUGCGCCUUCAGGAUGUGUCAAAAAUUGCCAUGUACUCAAGAAAGGAAGCAUUUUUACAGCUACUUUCACACCAAAUGAAGUUGGUAAAUGGCAAAUUGGUAUACUUUACGAUGGUGAUCACAUUCGAGGUUCUCCAUUUUCUUGUAAAGUUUACGACGCCAAUCUUGUUCAGGUUUAUGGCUUGGAUGUAGGGCUGGUCGGUCAAGAGCUGAAGUUCAGUGUGAAUGCGUCACAAGCCGGCGAUGGUUUUCUCAAGGUCUCGGUAUUACGGCAUGGUCGAAGUUUGCCGUGUGAGGUGCUCGAACAAGGUAAUUCGGGUGUCUAUCGGAUCAGUUUCACUCCUGACGGUGCUGGACAAUACAAAAUUCAUGUCCUUUUUAAUAAUAUGGAAGUUAAAGGUUCUCCAUUUAUCUUGGAUAUAGCAGAUGCAAGCUCAGUAUCUGUUUACGGCGAAAAUUUACGAAUGGCUUCAGUUGAUCGACUUAAUACCUUUUUUAUUCAUGCAGUUGGUGCUGAAUGUAAGGAUAUCACCGUUACCAUCACUGCACCUUCCGGAAAAUCGAAACGAGCGCGAGUUUAUCAAACUGAUGACGUAACUCACAAAGUAGAAUGGAAACCUGUUGAAGCCGGUGAACAUUCUAUUGAUGUACGACUCUUCAAUCAGAGCGUAUACGAAAGUCCAUUUAUAUGUAAUGUGGGUGAUCCAGAUUUGGUAACUGUCCGGAAUAUGCCAGAAUUCAUCAAUGCAGAUGAACUUUUUAGGGAUUAUACCUUCGAAAUUGAUGCGAGUGCGGCAGGAUCUGGCAAUCUAGAAAUUAUGAUAAACGGUGGCCGUGUGGCAUGUCGUGUACGUGAACUGGGAGGACGACAUUAUCUGGCUUCAUUCACUCCCACUCAGGCAAUAAUACAUAUUGUUGAAAUGCGGUUUAAUGGUGAAAAUGUCAGAAUGUCACCGUGGAAAAUUCAGGUUAGAGGUUCUCAGCACCAAACAAAUUCAAAUUAUGAUGUGGAAGAACGAAUGAUACGAAGCAUCGAAAGUAGACGAUUUGAGAAGACCGAAUCCUGGUAUACUGAAUUAGCCGGAAUAGGAUUACAACGUGCUUCCAUUGGUAAACCUACCGCAUUCGAAAUAACUGGUGAUGGUAUUACAGAAAGUGAUGUACAAGCACGAAUAUAUGGUCCUGAUGGCACUGAUUUACCCAUAAGUGUUUAUCGACGAGGUGAUAACAAGCUGAUCUGUGAAUAUGUUAUUAACAAAGUUGGUGAUCAUCACCUCGAAAUGGCAAUUUGUGGUAAAAAAAUCGAUCCAUAUCCUUUAACCGUUUCGGGAUAUUCCGCUGAAAAUGUUAAAAUUGAACCCCUUGGUGGUGGUACACCUGGACAACCUGUGCAGUUUAUUGUUGAUGCUGUUGAUGCUGGAAAAGGACAGCUGGAAAUUAGUAUUAAUCAAGGAAAAGUACCAAAUAAUGUACAAAUGCAAGGUGCCGGGCGUUGUUUGGUCACGUUUAUCCCGCAAUAUCCAGGCAAAUAUGUUAUCGAUGUAACAUUCAAUGGCGAACAAGUGCAGGGGUGUCCUAUUCGUGUUGAUAUUUUACCGAAGCAGGUCGGUCAAAGUGUUUCAACAUCUAUAAUUUCGCAACAGACAGCUACAAUUACAUCUUCAUCUCCAGUGCAAAAGCCGAUAUCUUGUGGCUUAUCCAUAGAAGAUGGUGCUGAAUCAUCCGGUUCUUCCGCAUUCCUGAAACACACAAGAGAAAAGUCGCUUGAUCGAUCAUCUCUUCCAGAACGUCCUAAAUCACCAGAUUUAUUACGAAAAGCCGAACUCAAAACUGCUCCUCUUAACAUUGAAAAUCGGUAUAGAUUACGAAAAAUUGAUGAUUACGAUCCAUUAGCACGAGAAAAAGAACGAGAAACUGAUCAAACAUCUUCAUGUUUAAUUGAUAAGAAAGAUGAUCGACUAGGUUAUAUGGUAGCCCAGUAUGGUAAUGGUAUAGUUGCUGGUGCUAAUGUCGCAUCUGGUCAAAUAGUCAGUAGUCGAACUUUUACAGAUGAUGGACGAGGUAUCGUGACGUCCACCUAUACAGCCGAAACACGUUAUAACAACGUGUCACCGGCUAGGACAUAUGAGUAUGCAAAAGGAACAAUGGCGAAUUUGCCACAUGACGAACGGACUGCUACACCAUCAAUGUAUACAGAAGUCAGAGCUUUUGAAAUUCCGAAAUCCAAAGAACUGACUUUAUCAGUACCGUCUAACCCCAGUGAUCUACGUGCAGGUUCACAUAGUUACCUAUCGUUUUUGGAAGAUUCUCAAAUACCUUCAUCAAGAAUUAUGGACUAUGACAUUAAUAAGGUCAAAUCAUUCGGUCAGUUGGAAAGUGGCAGUAGUUUUAUAACAGAUAGUCGCAGCUAUGAUACUAAAUUUUCAAGUGAAUAUCGUGAUUUGGAUUCAAGUAGCUACAGUGUUCGACAAUACGGUACGGAAAGUGUUGCGUCAACAGACCAAAGGCAAACGCAACUAAAAUAUUUUGGUGAAGAAUCGAUGAAAUCAGAUGGAACUAAAACAUCGAAAAGUGAUAUUGAUUUGGUUAAAACAACUUCCGAGUCUUGUUCUUCGAUGCAUGACCCAAUACCAUCUGGUGGAUACCUUAGAAAUAAAUACGAUUCAGAUCAACUCUGUUCCAAUGGAUAUUUGAAACAUGAAGAUGAAUUACUGGAGACAGUUAAAGGACCAAACUUCGAAGCUCCAGUAAUAGCAUCUUAUGGUCGGCUUAUAUCAGAUAAUAUAGCUGACAGGCAACAAAAAGCAUCACAAAAAAUUUUCACAUCCGCAACAGUCCUGGAGCGAUCCGAGGAAAUGGAACGAUUGCCGCAAAGUUGGAAGUCAGUUGAGAAGGUAGAUGCGAAUACUGGAUGCUGCCUGAAAAAAUCAAUCAAAGGUGGGAAACCGGAAAUGGGAGAGAAUCAUCAGCAUACAGGUGUUGGUGAACAAAGUUAUCGUAAUAUGAAUGCAGGGAAGAAUGAUGGACGAUGUUUCGAUUUGUCACGACCCGUUGAAGAACCGUUUCAAACUUUGAGCAGAGAUCGCGACAUGGAACCAAUGUUUUUGUCUACCGCACCGCAACGGACAGCCGAUUACAUGCGAGCAAGGGAAGAAGGAAAAUUUGGUGCAUUCCAGGAGAUGGAUUCAGUUCUCUCUUCACAAAGCCCACUAAAAUUCAACUAUAACGAACGAGAAGGCCAUAUAACAGAUAUUGUGGAAGAAGCAGCACUGACACCAGGAACACGACGGAAGCUUCAGGAACAAAAAAUUCAACACGAGGAAGAACUCGACCAGGAAAAACGCGGAGGAGCACGUAAAGCGAUAAAAGACGACUUGCAAUCAAUGCAAGCACUGGACCGUGACGAAUUUGAGUUAUCUCAGUCGAAACCCUCAAGUCCUUCACCUGUGUCCACACCUCGAGCAACUCCUAGGCUUAAUCUGAAAUUCGGAAAGGAUAAGGAAAAGAAAGGGAUUGAAGAAGGUGCUUUUAAUUUUGGUAAGUCUAAAAUAACAUCUAAACAUGAAAUUGUUCGGCGUGGAAAAGAUGUUGAAGUCAAGGUUGAUUCGUUGAAACUUGGCAAAGACGAUCAGCUAAAAGUUAUCGUAGUUUUAGCAGCAAAAGGAGCGGUAGAACGUGAAGAAAUUGAACCAAAACUGAAAAAAUCUCGGCAUUCCUAUGAAAUAUCAUUCCGGCCAGCAGAAAUUGGAACACAUAAGGUAAUGAUUUAUGUAAACGAUACGCUGCAUCCAAUGUGUCCUUUCCCGAUUCGUGUCUAUGAUGCAUCAGAGAUUAUUGUUGGCGAAAUUGCACCACAGAGUACUAUUAAUGACACUGUUGAAUUCACCGUUGAUGCUGGCCGAGCGGGUUUUGGAAAUCUUGAAAUGGCAAUUAAAGAUAGUGAUGGUAUCAUCAUACCAUCUCAUGUAGCACAGCUGGAAACGGGAACUGCCAAAUUUUUGGUUACAUUCAAUCCGACCACUUUAGGAAUGCACACUGUCAAUAUUACAUUCAACAAAGAAGUCCUCAAAAACAGUCCAUUCGAAGUAAAUAUUGUGGAUGAAAAGCCAUGCGAAGAGGUGGAAAAUAUUUUGGUGGAUGGAAAGAAAAAAGAUUCACGGAAGGAAAAGGAAGAGAAAAAACGUGAAGAAAAAGAACGCGUGAAAAAAGAGAAAGAAGAAAAAUUGAUGGCUGAAACGUUAAAAAAGAAUAAGGGAAAAGAAACAAAAAAGAAGAAGCAUCAAGUAGAGAAGAGAACAAGCGUUUCCAAAAUUCCAUCAUUAAGUCGGGUUGGACGACCAGCACACAUCUUUAUCACAUUGUCCGGCGAAGAAUCGCUUGACAUCACAGUGGCAGAUCCAGAAAAAAGAAAAGUUGAAAGUUUCAUGUCCGAUCAUGAACCUGGCGUCAAGAAAUUUGAGUUUAUACCUGUGCAAGUGGGUGAUCAUGAAAUCGAAGUUAAAUAUGCGGGAGUUGAUGUUCAAGGUAGUCCUUUUACCUGUCGAGCAUAUGAUCCAGCAAAAAUUAGCGUCGGUGAUAUUCCGAAUAGUUUGGUCGAUAGGCCAGUGCAUUUCAUUGUGGAUGCAAGUCAAGCAGGUGUCGGCAACCUGGAAGUAGCAGUAAAUGAAGGACGUAUUCCAUCAAUGGCGCAGUCACUUGGCCAACAUCGUUAUGAUAUAUCUUUUGUGCCUAGAGAACUUGCUGAUCAUACCAUAUCUGUUCGUUUUAAUAAUGAACCUGUGCCAGGAAGUCCAUUCAUUUGUCACCUGGUAAAGGCGCAGUCGGUAACAGUUUCGGGUCCCGGAUUAGAACGAAUCCCGGUUGGACAAGUAGCACAGUUCUACGUAGUUGUUGAAGGUAUGAAAGAUAUGUUACCGCAGAUACGCAUUACCGAUUCGCAAGGUAAAAACAUUCCAGUGAGCAUAUCAAAAAAUGAUGUUGAGGAUAAGAAGUAUAUCAUCUCCUACACACCAAAGAACGUCGGAAAUCAUCAAGUUGAUAUAAGCUGUGAUGGUAAGCCGAUUACUGGAUCUCCGUUCACUUCCAAAGCAUUUGAUGCGAAAUGUGCAAAGCUGUCGUGCAUAGAAGAAGCAGUUGUUGGGCGUCCUUGUACAUUCAUGAUUGAUGCUGCUCGAGCCGGGGCUGGUAACAUGGAAAUUAUAGUCAGUGUUGAAAAUCGAAAUGUGCCAAAUUUCGUGCAGGCAGAAGGACAGGCGAAAUUCAAAGUUUCGUUUACUCCACAAGAAGCCAAAGAUCAUCUUAUAAGUGUCCGGUUCAAUGGGGAUCCAAUUCCAGGUUCACCAAUGGUUUGUCCGGUGCGAGAAAAAUCAUCACAGUUGGCUGCGGCUAUGUCAUCGUCGAUGAACGCCGUUGGAUUAGAACAAGACGUGCGUCUGGUUGGUGACCUCACUGUCGGACAGGUUGGUCAAACGAAGGGCUUCAGCAUCGACACAGGAGGGCGUGAAACUGAUUGCAAUGUCUCCAUUACUGAUUCACAUGGUCAUGAGUUGGAUGUUGAAGUGGAAAAAGUUUGCAAUGGAUAUCAUGUUCAGUUCCGACCUUUGACAUCAGGAGAACAUGAAAUUGAAAUCGUUAUAAACGGCCAACAGCUCGGUAUUGGGCCAUUUGUGAUGGAAGUUUCGGAACCUCCGAAAAUCGCUCGCAUCCCAUCGACCAUUCUUGCCGGCAAAGAAAUCAGUUUUGAAUUGGACACAGGUGACGUUGCGCAGGGGAAUGUCAAAGUAGAAGUUAAGAACGCUAAAAAUGAAUUAGUGCCAGCAAAAAUAGAAGUAGGAAAUGAUGGAAUUGUUCGAGCUGUUUGCACAUUUCAUGAUAUAGGCCGUUAUUCUAUGGAUGUUUUUGUCAACGAAAUGCCUUACGGUGAACGACAAUAUGUUCAAGUUAUUCAAAGUGGUCGCGGUGCUAUACUCGUAGAUGACAUUGAACAAGCUUUGGUUGGUUGGUCAUCUAAACUGAUUCUGCGAACCGAACCUGAUGCCGGGAAACAUUUGUCUAUUGUUAUCAUUGAUUCAGAACGAAAUCCAGUCCCAGUAUCACUGGCGAAACUUCCUGACGGAAUAUUCGAAGUGGAAUUCACACCACGAACAGAAGGUGUUCAUAGUAUAUCAGUGCUGGUAGGUGACGAGCAUAUCCGAGGAAGUCCAUUCAAAAUUACGGUACUGGAUUUGAGCGCUGUACGAGUGAUCGGUUUGAAAAAUGAUCGUGUUGGCAUCGAACAACGUUUCAAUGUGGAUUGGUCGAAUUCGGGUGGUGCCACUGCAGCAGUACGAGUAACAUGUGGAGGUAAGGAGGUACCAUGCACGAUGAAGCGUAUCAAAAAAGGCCUACAUGUAUGUUCAUUUAUACCACGACAAGUUGGACUUCACCUGAUAGAUGUGAUGAUCGAUGAAAUGCUUCUACCUGAAUGUCCAUAUGAAUGCAUUGUAAGUGAUGCUGGAUCAGUGCGAGCACGUGGUGAUGCAUUGACACGUGCACAACGUGGUAAAACUGCUCGUUUUGAAGUUUCAUUGAAUGACACUGAACGAGGUGAACUGGAUGUAGUGGUUUCAGAUUCGCGAGGUAGACCAUUACCAGUUCGGUGUUAUAAGCAACAUGAUGAUAGCUAUUGGGUCGAAUUUACACCUGAAAACAUCGGUGUUCAUCAAAUCGAAAUAACAUUUGCUGAUGCACCAGUAGUUGGCAGCCCAUUUAAAUGUAUAGUAGUCGAUCCACGGAAAGUUUUUAUGAAAGGUAUCAAUGAGCCAUUCAUUAUCAAACAACCUGCGCUAAUUACGGUGAACCGUCAGUUAGCAGGUAGCGGUGACUUGACUGUUGAAUUGAUUGACCCGUCUAAUGAACCGGUGCGAUUAGAUAUGCAAACAACCGCCGAUGGUGAUGAUAUUUUCGAAUUUACUCCGACCAAAAUUGGCCAAUAUAAGUUGACCACGAAACUGGCUGGUUUUCUUGUUAAUGGAACUCCACAUACAUUGACUGUUGAGGAAUAUGGCAAACCUAUUUUGCGUGGAUCCGCCAUGGAACGUCCCGUGGAGGUGGAUCGUCCAACAAGCAUCAUUUUUGAUGCCAAAAAUCUAAAAGGAAAUCUGAAAAUCGAUGUACGAGGACCAAAGAAAGCGAAAGUCCGGUAUACAGCAAACAAAAAUCCAGACGGAACAACGGAAAUUUCGUUUACACCAACGGAAGUGGGCCGUUAUUUAGUAAAUAUUGAACAUAACAAUCGAACGAUUUUCGGAAGUCCAUUCGAGAUCGAGGUUAUUGAUCCACGGAAAGUGGUUGUGAAUGAUCACUUAGCCGAUGAAGAUGGAAUAUAUCAGUUCGCAGUACAACAGAGAAACGUUAUCGAUGUUGAUGCCACAGCCGCCGGAUCUGGAAAACUUCGAGCAGAAGUUCGUGAUUGGGACGGCAAGUCAGUGAGUGGUUGUGAUGUCGAAUCACUCGGUUAUGGCAAAUAUCGUAUAGCAUAUUAUCCGCAUCAACCUGGAAAAUAUGGCAUUUAUCUUUACUGGUCUGAUAUAGCAGUCCAAAAAGCGCAGCCAUUGCACGUAGUCGCUGAAGGCGAACAACCCUCGACCUCACGUAUCAUGCCACUUACAAAUACUGCUAUGGCGACAUCACACAAUACCGUAAGAUCUCGACCUGAAGAUCGUUCAACUUAUGAGGGGAAUGAAAUGGACUACUUGAGGGUGAUAUUACGAGGCGAAGGCUUAACACGAGCUGCCAAUAAUGAGCAAGCGGAAUUUAUCAUCGAUGGUUCGGAUGUCUCCAGAGAUGGACAGGUAUCAUCUUCUUUGUUUGGACAAAAAGCAGAUAUCCCAGUGCGCUUAACUCAUUUGGGAAACAACGUUUAUAAAGCGAUCUAUACGCCAUUGAUACCUGGCGUUUAUGAGUUACAGGUAUUAUGGAACGGACACCAUGUUCGCGGUUCACCUUGCCGAGUGCAGGUUGACUUGCAUUCGAGUGCUGCUGAGGCUAUCAUUAUCGAUGCGAACACAUUGAAAAUGGGAAUCGUUAAUGAGGAUGUGAAAACUAUUAUUGAUACAAGGAAAGCGGGACCAGGUCAGUUAUCUGCACAGUGUAUGGGGCCAACAAAACUUGCCUAUUGUGAGCUGUAUGAUCUUCAGGAUGGUACAUAUACCCUUUCAGUUAGACCUUCCGAAAUUGGGAAACAUACGCUAGUUGUGAAAUAUUCGGAUGAACAAGUACCGGGAAGUCCAUUUACUUUCAAUGUUUCCUAUCCGCCAGAUGCUUCUAAAGUUCGUGUAUAUGGACCCGGAAUUGAGCAUGGAAUUUUGUCCACAUUUAAAUCAAAUUUCAUUGUGGAAACAAAAGGUGCUGGAGCAGGACAGCUUACAGUGCGUGUUCGAGGACCAAAGGGAGCAUUCAAUGUAGAAAUGCAACGAGAAAAGAAACAAGAACGAACAAUUCAUUGCAAAUAUGAACCAAAGGAACCGGGAGAUUACCAGGUUGAAAUUAAGUGGCAUGGUGAACAUGUCCCAGGAUCGCCGUUUCUCGUAAUGAUUGUAGAUACCGAGCAAGAAUUACAACGAUUCCUGUGUGGUGAUGCACCAUCACCACAGCCAGCAACACCAUUUAUACCACCUGGGUGGAUUGGCACUCCGCCACCACCACCGUUGUUCCUUGGUGUACCUCCACCGCGUGGUCCGUUUCUUCAGCCUCAUGCUGCCGUACUGCCUUUGCCAUCACCAACUAUUCAGGGGGCUCCAGUAACGGGACCGCAUGGGUCCUUGCUGCCAUAUGGAGCGGUACCGCAACCACCGCAUACAAUGCGUACCGCAAUUCGACCUAGACGUUCAAGAAAAUUCUGUUCUGAUUCGUUGAAGUCAUUACAAAAUAAUGAUAAUCGCGCGAAUGGACAUUAUGAAAUUGAGUUUGUUGCCAAAAUGAUGCAUCAUCUGAAUGACUCAGGGAUUACAAUAAACAGACCACAUGCACCAAGCGGUUGGAAGCGAUCAACAGAAAUGACUAACUGUAUGAUCUCUGCUAAUUGA